UACUUUCCUUGUUUGCCACCACCUUUCCCUUUCUUUGUGUUUGCCUCAAACACCACAACAACUACUACAGCAGAGAUCCCAAAAGCACUGUAAACACAAAUUGCAAAAACUCUCACAUACAGAUUUUGAGAGAGAGAGAGAGAGAGAGGACUUUCCACGUCAUCAUCUCUAGCCUCUCAUCCUGGACAGGCUCCGAAAUCAAUGAUUCAAUAACCUUUGACCUAAUAUAUAUUGCUUCCCAUACAAACACUCAAAAACACAGACACAAAAUCAAAGAGCAAGAGAGACAGAGAGAGAGAGAGAGAGAGGGCAAUGGGCAAUUCAUUUGGGUGCUCAGCUUCAGGUGAGAGGCUAGUAUCAGCAGCAAGGGAUGGCGAUUUGAUCGAGGCCAAAAUGCUAUUGGAUUGUAACCCAUGUCUCGCUAAGUACUCCACCUUUGGUGGCCUAAAUUCCCCUCUUCAUUUCGCUGCUGCUAAGGGCCACAACGAGAUUGUGGUGUUGUUGCUUGAGAAUGGAGCUGAUGUGAAUUCAAGGAAUUACUGUGGCCAGACGGCGUUGAUGCAAGCGUGUAGAUAUGGGCACUGGGAAGUUGUGCAGACUCUUCUUCUCUUCAGAUGCAAUGUUACAAGGGCAGAUUAUCUCAGUGGGAGGACAGCUCUCCAUUUUGCGGCUGUAAGUGGGCACGCAAGAUGUAUUAGACUUGUUGUGGCUGACUUUGUUCCAAGUGCUCCUUAUGAUGCCAUACAUGCACAGACAGAUGGUGAUGGGGGUGAUGGCACAAAUGUAAAGAACAAAUAUGACCAAAGUGCGCUGUCCAAGUUUGUCAAUAAGGCAGCUGAUGCUGGUAUUACUGCUCUUCACAUGGCUGCAUUGAAUGGGUAUUUUGAUUGUGUACAACUCCUACUUGACCUUCAUGCAAAUGUUUCAGCCGUGACAUUUCAUUAUGGAACGUCCAUGGAUUUGAUAGGAGCUGGAAGCACUCCAUUACACUAUGCUGCUUGUGGGGGUAAUUUGAAAUGUUGUCAGAUCCUCCUUGCUAGAGGUGGCUGUAGGAUGAACUUGAACUGCAAUGGGUGGCUUCCUGUUGAUGUUGCUAGGAUGUGGGGGCGUCAUUGGCUUGAACCACUGCUAGCACCCAAUUCUGACUUGAUAGUACCAACAUUCCCUUCUUCUAAUUACCUAUCCUUGCCUCUUUUGAGUGUACUUAACAUAGCAAGAGAGUGUGGAUUGCAGUCUUCAACAACCUCCUCUGAUGACACUGAUGUCUGUGCCGUCUGCUUGGAGAGAGCUUGUUCUGUAGCUGCUGAAGGGUGUGGGCAUGAGCUUUGCGUAAAAUGUGCUCUCUAUCUUUGUUCGACAAGCAACAUUCCUUCUGAAUUGGUGGGCCCACCUGGGUCCAUUCCAUGCCCUCUCUGUAGACAUGGAAUUAUCUCUUUUGUCAAAUUGCCUGGUUCUCUGUCCAAAGAAAAUAAGAUACAUAUCUCCCUUGGACUUUGUACCCCAUGCAUGCUUCACCCUCGUGAUCCUGACCAUCAAUCUCCUGCUCAUACACCAGAGAUCCGAAAGAAUCGUGUGGCUUCUGUUUCUUCAGAACUAUUCUGUCCAGUCACUUGUAGCCCAUUUCCUUCUGUUGCCAUGCCUUUGUGCACCUGCAAUGAUGGUCCAUGCCCAUCAUUUGAACCUCGGGAGGUAGAAACGCAAGAUGAAUCACCUCAACGCUCACAAUCAACAUCAGUGGAUCAUGAGAAGAUGGAAGGGCCAAGACUGGAGAGAACCAGUUGUUCAAGCAUGUUUUGGGGCAGAAGAAGCUGCAGCAGAGAGCAUCAAUGCAACUCUGAAAUAAAUGCUUGACAACAUUAGUGGAUGGUCUAUUCUUCUGUCCACCUGGAUAGAUAUUUUAUUAAUAGCAGUGCAGUCCAGGGUUGUGUCUGAUCUCAACUGUCACAAAAAUGAAUACACACAAAUCCAUGUUAGCUUCUGGUAUUUGUUUGGCGGCUACAUGGCGACAGAUAUGGGUCUUGCAUCAUCGGUAUUUGCUUGGUGGCUACAUGGCGACAGAUAUGGGUCUUGCAUCAUCGUAUUUUGAUGUCAUUCUGGAUUGUUUUUUAAGAUAUUUAGAGAGAGGGUUGUAAAAUUUUUAAUGUUGGGAUUGUAAUUGAUUGUAAGUGAAUGUCAAAAGGGAACAGGAAUAUUUUCUUUCCAAAAAAAAAAUUACCACGGAUCUUGUAUGUUAAUGAUCCUGAAUAUAGAGUUUUGUAGAAUAUUCUUGUCAUACUUUCGAUUCUGUUAAGCAAGAAAAUAAGUUGCGUGUCUAA